AUGUCACUGGGGACACUCCCGCCAGAGCUUUACAGUUCGAUUAUAUCCCAUUUUCCUCCAGAUCAUAUCGUGCGGAGCGUACUUUCUCUGACAAGAGCUCUUCCACACGCUUCCAUACCUCAACAUAGCCUCUUUCGCAAUAUCCGCAUCACAGACACAAACCGGCUCAUCCAAUUCUACCACCGUCUGCGCCGGUCUUCAGAGGAAGAGAAUGCAUGUUCUUCAGUUCGCACCUUCACCCUGAAAUACUGGGAUGUGGAUGCGGAGGUCCUGCUGAACGUCGUCCAUCUCUUACCGAAACUUGACUCCUUGACGCUAUGGAUUGGGCCGUUGAACUUCGCCCCUCAGCAUCUUGAGGAAUUAUUCGACAUUUCUAGAACGAAGAACGGCGCUAGGCGCUUAAUAUGUCUGGAAAAGUUACAAAAUCUGACAUUGCGGUUCAAACCAUAG